UAACAAACUGGCGUUGGCCCGGCUGGCUAAUGUGUUUAAUUGCAAGUGGCGAGUGGCGACUAGAAUUAUUACAGAAUAUAGAAUAGUUGCAGCUGGAGGUAGCAUGGUUGUAGUCGUUGCUUGAUUCGUCGGAAUUUUGUUUAUUUAUUAUUUAGCAAUUUAGCAAUUAUUUUUUCUAAUUUUUUAUUUCAUUUUUAUUCAGCAACGAUUAUUUCAAAAACAUUAUAAUACAAUUAUUAUCGGUAUACUUUUUGUACCUGUUUUAUAAUACACAUUUUUUCACAUUAAAUUAUUGUCAUAAACAUAAUGGACGGAAAAAACAAAUUUGUGAGCCCAUUUUACCGACCAUGGAUGACAACGUAUGGAGCUGCUGCACCAGCUGGUGGAUCCAACAAGGGCUUGAAGGGCAUCGUUGCUGGUGGAAUUACUGGAGGUAUAGAAAUAUGUAUUACUUAUCCAACUGAAUAUGUAAAAACACAAAUUCAACUCGACGAAAAAGCUGGUGCUAGAAAAUAUAAUGGUAUAAUGGAUUGUGUUAAAAAGACUGUGAAAAGCCAUGGUGUAUUUGGUCUAUAUCGGGGACUUAGUGUGUUACUUUAUGGAUCCAUUCCAAAAUCAGCUGUUAGGUUUGGUGCAUUUGAAGCUCUUAGUACUCAAAUGACAGGAGGCAAUGGAGAAUUAACAGCUACUCAAAGAGUCUUGUGUGGUCUUGGUGCUGGCGUGUCUGAAGCCAUACUUGCAGUCACCCCAAUGGAAACCGUGAAAGUGAAGUUUAUCAAUGAUCAACGACUAGAAAAACCAAGGUUCAAAGGUUUUUUCCACGGGACCAGUAUUAUCAUCAAAGAACAAGGUAUUAGUGGUGUUUAUCAAGGAUUGAUGCCAACUAUAUUGAAACAAGGUACUAACCAAGCAAUUCGGUUUUAUGUAAUGGGUGCAUUAAAAAAUCUCUACAAGGGCGAUGAUCCUAACAAACCAGUACCUAAACUAUUAGUUGGAGUUUUUGGUAUGGCAGCAGGUGCUGCUAGUGUUUACGGUAAUACACCAUUAGAUGUUGUUAAGACUCGUAUGCAAGGACUAGAAGCCCAUAAGUACAAGAGCACAGUUGACUGCAUGGUACAAAUAUGGAAAAAAGAAGGACCCACAGCGUUUUACAAAGGAACUGUGCCACGGCUUAGCAGAGUGUGUUUGGAUGUUGGUAUAACUUUCAUGAUUUAUGAUUCAUUUAUGGAUCUCUUCAAAAAAGUAUGGCCUUGAGUUACUUAUUAAAAAAUAUCAACAUCUAUAUAAAAAUAUUAGUAAAAGGAAAAAGUAAACUGUCUAAUUAUUUCUUCUGGAUGAUCACGGUUUACUACACAUAUUUUUCACUUAAUUAUCGAUAUA